AACAGAGUAGUGUGUACCAAGCCGUGAUGAGCUACGCACUAGACAAGUGAACGUUGGCGUGGAGAGUGUCAUUGUGUGAUUUGAGAUCCUGAUUGUUAGUUAACUAUUUCUUAAUCUAACUUACCCUAACCCAAGCUAACAGAAGCUAACUUGAUUCUCCUCAACUUAUUUAACCCUAUUAACCAUAAGAAGAUACUUAAACUCAUGAGAAGUGAAUAGUGUAAUUCGUUCCCUUGUUAUUACCGGUCAAGAUAUGUUAACAAAAGGCGAAACUAUUUGGUGAAUUCCGACAGUGUGAUCAUUCUAAAUAGUUUGUUAAUGAAACUUUUUGACUUUACUGAUGACCUGCAGCAAGGCGAGUUGACACCCCUGGCGGCUCAUGUUUAUAUAAGUAUAUAAGAGCAUGAAACUAUUUAACAUCUAAUCAUCACUUCCCUUGACUCUACUAUAAUUGGAAAUAAGAUGGAAGAGACAACGUUCUCAACAACGACAGCUGCAGCCACACCUCAGUCAUCAGCAAAAGAUAUAUACGGUAGUCACCUGCUGGGCUUCACAAGUGCCUGCGUCUUCAUCAUCGCCAUCAUUGGUACAGUUGGAAUAUCUCUCGGGUCCUUGGCUCUCCUGAUGAGCAAGAAACUCCGUCAGAGUCCUUCCACAGCGUUCAUGGUCAACCUUCUUGUCUGCCUGUUACCCGUGUGUGCCUUCGGGAUGCCUAUGUAUGGAGUCGGGUGUCUGCAAGCUCAACAGUACGGCGAUGUUACAUUCUCAAAGGGAGUGUGCUUGACAUUUUUUACACUAGGCCUCAUACUAAGUCAAGUGCACAUACACACCAUCUGCGCACUCGCCUUCAACAGAAUGCUGGCUGUCGUGUACCCAAUGUUGUACAAGCGAGUGAUGCAACAAAGGAAGGUGAUGCACUACUUGAUCAUACUAUGGGUCUACUCCACCCUACUCUGGCUCCCUCUUACCUUCGGAGUAUUUGGCCAAUUGGAGUUUGAUAAUGAGGAACUGAUGGUGUCGAUAAAGGAUAAUUCCGGGAGCAGACUGAAGAAAGCCACACACGUGUUCUUCACCUUCAUACUCCCCACCAUCUUUACUAGUGUCUGUUACGUCCACAUGUACAUUAAGGUGCGCCAUUCAAGAGAGGCGAGGCUGGGCCGACGUCGAUGCAAGAGUGUUACUGAGAUUGCUGAAGACAAUGUCCUUCGCCAGUGGGACGAUCAUGUCACCCGCACCAUCUUCGUCAUCUUUGUCGUGCUGUUAUCCUGUAGUUUGCCGCACAUAAUCAUCCAUAUCUUUUCACCUCCACAACAAGUUUCCUAGCGUCUGGGUCCUCCUUCACUUAAUCUUCUGGCUCCAGUUCUGCGUCGACCCCAUAGUGUAUGUGACCAUGAGCCAACAGUACCGCAACGCCACCCUUCAAUUCCUCUCUAACUUCUGUUCUUAUUUCGCCGUCUUUCAGGUCUCUGACUCGGAGGUGAAAUCUGAACCCAAAAGUGAUCUGAACAAUGAUCACGCCUUGCAGAUUCAGGCGACCUCUAAGAGGGCCAUGACACCUCUCCCGAAAGUUAAAUUCUCAACUGAAUUACAUGUAUAAAG